UCAAUAGGUGUCGUUUGUAUAAAAUGUCAUUGUAAUAUUCAUAAAUUUGAUACAUUAUUCGUGACUAUGGAAUAACUAUGCAAACCUAUUGAAGCGAAACAAAAAAAAAAAAAGAGUUAUAAUUGACUAUAAGACAAUUUAAUCAGAUACAAUUAUAUUUAAGUAAUUUAAUAUGUUACCACGAACAUAUUUAACUGAGCAAGAUAUAAGGAAACGACAAAUUGAUACGUUAAAAAUUUUCAACGAUAAUGUAACCGAAAUAAACGAAAACUCUGAGUAUAGAGUGGAAUUCGAAGCUAGCGGACGCAGUUUUAGUCUAAAUGUAGUUCUAAACCCUGAAUUUCCUAAUGAAAGACCAAAUAUAUUUAUAAAUCCUGUCAUACCACAUCCAUGGCUCCUAGAAAACUCAAACCAAGUAAUGGGAGCUCCAGGCUUGAUGAACUACACCCCACAUUCAGACUUAGGUCGUGUAGUUCAAGCUAUUAUCCGUGAAUUCCAAAGAUCAGUACCAAUUAUAAGCCACGAAGAUAAAUCAACGGACACAAGUCCCCAAUCAAGUUACAGCUCACAAUCAUUGAUGUUUCCGGAAUUAAGUGAAUUGACAGUUGAGGAAUUGCAAGAGAUUAUGGAGAAUCCAGAUUUACAGGAUAAAUUACUAGAAACAAAUCCACAAUUAUUGGAACUCGAUUUGGAGACGGAGGAACUUAUGACAAGCAUUGAACUCAUAGCACAAGAGAAUAUAAUGAAACAACAAGUUUUAGAUGAUCUGAAAACAGACGUCCUCGACCGUAUAUCGACGAUUGUGCAAAUGAAGAUGAGUUUUGAAGAAUUGAAUCGGAAACAUCAAAAGUUAUCUGAAAUGUACGAUCCGCACAGGAUUAGAGACUGCUUAAAGGAUGGAGCCUGUAAAGCAGACGAAGAUGCGGAAGUGAUAGCCGAACAGUUUUUAUUAGGUAACAUUCCAGUCGAGACAUUCAUAGCUAAAUUUGCUGAAAAAAGAGCACUGGGGCAAGCAAGGCGAGCGAGAGAGGAGAGGCUGGCUCAUCAGCUAGCUCAAUUGGACAAAGCUACGACAUAAAACUAUUUCUAAAAUCAUCAUACACAUACAUUUAUAUAUACCAUUUGUUUAUGGUCAGUGUGUUAGCUGCAUGGAAUGGAACGAAAGGGAAAUAUUUUGUUGGCAGGGAGUUCCCCGUCACCAUUUGAGUGGUGAAUGAUACAAAUAAUCGGUCUUUAUUGUGUGCAAUAUCAAAUAAAAUUAGUUUGUAAUUUAUAUUUAUUACUGAUUAUUGAUUAACCUUCAAUGGUAAACAAACUUAGUAAUUAUACGUUUAAUUUUUUUUAUUGAUGUAAUACAAAGGUUGAAUAAGCAAGACUAUGAAUAAUUACAAACACAAGUGCCCGAUUGCCCGUUGAUAGUGUAUAGAAUAACUAAGGCUUGUUACGAGCGAUAAUGGCUACGGUACACAGACUAGUACUGCGUAAGUUUGAUUUAUACAAUUGGAUUAAUAGCGUUGGAUACAAUUUUAUUACAAAUUUGUAACUUAUUGUUAGAUAAUUAUAUUAGAAUUGUAUUGGAAACAGGAAUAGUCAGUAUCAAUAAAAA